AUGGAGGCCUUGAGAGGAUACGUCUUGUUGACUGUGGCGGUUUGUUUUCACACUAUUAAUGGAGCACAACAACCAAAUAUUUUAUUAGUGGUAGCAGACGAUUAUGGUUUCCAUGACAUUGGUUACCAUGGUUCAGAAAUCAAGACACCUACAUUAGAUAAAUUGGCGGGAGAAGGUGUGAAAUUAGAGAAUUAUUAUGUUCAACCAAUUUGUUCUCCAACUAGAAGUCAGCUUCUGUCUGGUCGUUAUCAGAUACAUACUGGUUUACAACAUAGUAUAAUAAGACCAUGUCAACCGAAUGCUUUACCAUUAGAUGAUCCAACAAUAGCAGAUAAACUACGGGAGGCAGGGUAUGCUACUCAUGCUGUUGGAAAAUGGCAUCUUGGAUUUUAUAAGGAUGAAUAUCUUCCAAUCAACAGAGGGUUUGACUCUUAUUUUGGAUAUUUGACCGGUGCAGAAGAUUACUAUAACCAUACCAGAUGUAGCUCUCUGAUUCACAAGGGAUACUGUGGUAUUGAUAUGACGAAUGGUAAAACACCUGAUACCACUGAAACAGGAAAAUAUUCAACUCAUUUAUUCACUAAUAGAGCUAUUGAUAUCGUUAAACAGCAUGAUAAAUCUAAGCCAUUAUUUAUAUAUCUGCCAUAUCAAGCAGUCCACAGUCCACUUCAAGUUCCAGAAAAAUAUAUAACACCAUAUAAAUAUAUCAACGAUUGGAGAAGGCGCACGUACGCUGGUAUGGUAGCAGCUUUAGAUGAAGGUGUGGCCAAUCUUACAAAUGCCUUUAAAGAAGCGGGAUUAUGGGACAACACUGUUAUGGUCUUUACAACAGAUAAUGGUGGCCAGAUCCAUGCUGGAGGAAACAACUGGCCUCUUAGAGGUUGGAAGGCAACGUUAUGGGAAGGUGGCCUCCAUGGUAUAGGAUUUGUCAACAGUCCAUUACUGAAACAAAAAGGUGUAGUUAGAAAAGAACUGAUCCACGUUUCUGACUGGUUUCCAACAUUUCUCAAUCUCGCUGGUGGAUCUUUUAAUGGAACCAAACUGGAUGGAUAUGAUCAGUGGAAAACCAUCAGUGAAGGAUCAGAAGGACAAAGAAGUGAAUUGUUACAUAAUAUAGAUCCUUUAUACAGUCAGCGGGGUUCAAAACGUUAUAAUAAUACAUUCGAUACUAGAACCAGGUCAGCUUUAAGAAUGGGAGAUUUUAAACUCAUUACUGGUGAUCCAGGUAACGGAAGUUGGAUCGCGCCACCGGAAGACAAGAAUAAUACCAGGCUAGAUCCAUCCACGCGUAGUGAUAACGUUUGGUUGUUUAAUAUUUUAAAAGAUCCCAAUGAAAAUCACGAUAUUUCUCAACAAUAUCCCGAUAUAGUGGAUAAAAUGUUAUUUAAAUUAUCAGCCUAUAGUAAAACAGCUAUCCCGGCUCGUUAUCCCGACCCUGAUCCUAGAUGUAACCCAGCUUUACAUGGUGGAGUGUGGACACCCUGGGAAUGAUGUAUGUUUUGUUAUGAAAAAGUUAUUAAAUCUUUCCUCAGUC